AUGAACGCCAUAGAUUCUUGCUGGCGUUCAGACCCUAACUGGGCCGCCAAUCGCCAGGCUUUAGCUGAUUGUGCAAGAGGCUUUGGCGCCGAUGCAACGGGUGGAAAAAAUGGUAGAGUUUAUACUGUUACCGACUCAUCCGACAACCCCUCCAAUCCCAAGCCAGGGACAUUACGCUAUGGUGCAAUCCAGAGGGAACCUCUUUGGAUUUUAUUCGCCAAGGACAUGAUAAUUUCUUUGAAAGCAGUUCUAUCUGUGAGUAGUUACAAGACCAUAGAUGGGAGAGGAGUCAAGGUAGAAAUUGCCAAUGGACCAUGCAUGGAGGUCAGAAGUGCUAGCCAUGUUAUAAUACAUGGAAUCAGCAUUCAUGAUUGUGAAGCCCAGAGGCCGGGCUUGGGUGAUGCCAUAACCAUAACUGGAUCUUCUGAUGCAUGGACUGAUCAUUGCUUUUUCUCUAGCUGUGUAGAUGGCCUCGGAGACAUCAUUCGUGGUUCCACUGCGAUCACCAUCUCCAACAAUUUCUUCACGAAACAAGAUAAAGUCAUGUUGCUUGGACACGAUGAUGAUCAUGACGAGGACAAGAGCAUGAGGAUUACUGUUGCAUUCAAUUACUUUGGCCCGGGUCUACUCCAAAGGAUGCCAAGAGUUAGGCACGGCUAUGCCCAUGUUGCAAACAACAGGUAUGAAAGAUGGACAAGUUAUGCCAUUGGUGGGAGUGCGAACCCCACCAUACUAAGUGAAGGCAACCAAUACACUGCUUCAGACAAUCCUCGAGCCAAGGAGGUUACAAUGAGGAUUCAAGAUGAAGAUUGGAAGACCUGGACGUGGAAAUCUUCCCGGGAUGUAUUUAACAAUGGAGCUUUUUUCGUUCAGUCGGGAUCAGGAAGCUAUCUUCCUAAUUACUCACCAUCUCAAUCCUUCACCGUCGCACAUGGGGCUGCAGUUCUGACUUUAACCUCUGAUGCUGGUCCUCUGGAAUGUAACACAAACAAAACAUGUUAG